AUGGACGUGUCAGAACUCUGCAUCCCGGACCCCCUCGGCUACCACAACCAGCUGCUGAACAGGAUGUCCGCAGACGACCGGCACCUGGUCUCCAGCUGCGGCUCCUUCAUCAAGACCGAGCCAUCCAGCCCGUCCUCGGGCAUCGAUGCCCUCAGCCACCACAGCCCCAGCGGCUCGUCCGACGCCAGCGGCGGCUUCGGCCUGGCCCUGGGCGCCCACGCCAACGGUCUGGACUCGCCGCCCAUGUUCGCGGGCGCCGGGCUGGGAGGCACCCCCUGCCGCAAGGGCUACGAGGACUGUGCCGGCGGCAUCAUGGAGGAUUCGGCCAUCAAGUGCGAGUACAUGCUCAACGCCAUCCCCAAGCGCCUGUGCCUCGUGUGCGGGGACAUCGCCUCCGGCUACCACUACGGUGUGGCCUCCUGCGAGGCCUGCAAGGCUUUCUUCAAGAGGACCAUCCAAGGGAACAUUGAGUACAGCUGCCCGGCCACCAACGAGUGUGAGAUCACGAAACGGAGGCGCAAGUCCUGCCAGGCCUGUCGCUUCAUGAAAUGCCUCAAAGUGGGGAUGCUGAAGGAAGGUGUGCGCCUUGAUCGAGUGCGUGGAGGCCGCCAGAAAUACAAGCGACGGCUGGACUCAGAGAGCAGCCCGUACCUGAGCUUACAGAUUUCUCCUCCUGCUAAAAAGCCAUUGACUAAAAUCGUCUCCUACCUGCUGGUGGCUGAGCCGGACAAACUCUACGCCAUGCCACCCCCUGGCAUGCCAGAGGGCGACAUCAAGGCUCUGACCACUCUCUGUGACCUGGCAGACAGGGAGCUCGUGGUCAUUAUUGGCUGGGCCAAGCACAUCCCAGGCUUCUCCAGCCUCUCUCUGGGGGACCAGAUGAGUCUGCUGCAGAGUGCCUGGAUGGAGAUCCUCAUCCUGGGCAUCGUGUACCGCUCGCUGCCCUACGACGACAAGCUGGUGUACGCUGAGGACUACAUCAUGGACGAGGAGCGCUCCCGCCUCGCAGGCCUGCUGGAGCUCUACCGGGCCAUCCUACAGCUGGUGCGCAGGUACAAGAAGCUCAAGGUGGAGAAGGAGGAGUUUGUGACGCUCAAGGCCCUGGCCCUGGCCAACUCAGAUUCCAUGUAUAUCGAGGAUCUGGAGGCGGUCCAGAAGCUGCAGGACCUGCUGCAUGAGGCGCUGCAGGACUACGAGCUGAGCCAGCGCCACGAGGAGCCGCGGAGGACGGGCAAGUUGCUGCUGACGCUGCCCCUGCUUCGGCAGACGGCUGCCAAGGCCGUGCAGCACUUCCACAGCCUCAAACUGCAAGGCAAGGUGCCCAUGCACAAACUCUUCCUGGAGAUGCUGGAGGCCAAGGUCUGAUGGCCUGGCCCAAGGACCGAGUCCCGCCCAAGGACAGACAAACCGACGGGGAGACCUCCACAGCCACCAGCCUCAACAUUCAAGUCCUGUAUCAUGGCCGCGAGCAGUCCCAGGGGAAGGGGCUCCUGGCCUCCUGGCUGUGUGCAGAGCCCUGGGUGCUGUGGGGUAGGGAACGGGGAUGGGAGGGCAGGGCGCGGGGCUCAUCUAUAACUGGCUUUUUCUUUGGUAUGUUUUUCCUCCGCCACGGGCAACGCUGAGGCCUGGGCCAGAGCUGACUCCCCUGAGGCUGGAGACCACCGAGGAAGUGCCCCCUCUCCCUGCCAAACCACCAAGAGGCAGCACUAGCAGAACACACUUCCUAACCCCAUGCCCGACCCCUGUCCUCUGUCCGUGGCCUGCGUGGGCAGUGCGUAGCGCCCAGCAUACUCAAGUGGGGUACCUUCUGGAGGUUUCCCUCUCCCAGAGUGCAGUUAACUUUCUUGCAGGGGUGCUGCCUACUCUGGGCUUCUAUGGGGCCCCUCAAGAGGCCCUACGCCUUCCACAGUCCAGACGGCUCCCUCCCUCCAUCCUUCCUCUAAGCUCCCAGGCCCGGCUCACCAUCAGGAGAGUAGCGCCAGAACUCAUGCGUUUCCCUGGUGACCCCACCCCUCGGUGCGCCCCCCGCCCGCCUGUCACCACGGCCCCAGGGCCUAUCCUCCCCCUCUCUCCCCCAGGAGUCCUGCUGCUACUUCCUGCCCUACCUCAGAGCUCACUCCCACAGUGGGUUCAGCCAGCCAAGACCUCAGGGCCCGUGGGUGGGACUGGUGCUGGCUCGGAGAAGAGCAGGGGCCAGGCAACACUCCCCAGCGCUCCCCCUUCUUCUGGCUUCUCCCACUCCCCGGGGGCAGGUCCAGAGCAGCUAGGCCUUGGGAAGCGAGGGAGAUGCAGGGGCCUGACCCCGUCUGAGGGCACCCUGGGCACUUGAUUCUGGCAGCCCUGGAAGGACCGGGUCAGGAUGGUAGGGAGAGCCCAAACCAAUCUUUGCCGAGCACAGAAAGGCCCGGAAGCAGAGAUGAGCAGGCGGGGGAACCCUGAAGACAGAGGCUCAGUGGAGGUCACCAGCCCACCUGAUCUUUCCUGGUAUCCAGGGGCAGUGGACACCGAAGCCCCCGCCCCUGCAUCCCAAGGGCUGGGUGAAUCAGCGCCACAGGAGGGGUUGCUCCUGCCAUCCUUGGCCUAAGGAGGUGUAGCGUAGCUCCCUGGUGCACUUAGAAGACCAGCUUUCUGGCAGGACAACCACUCCGGCGCCCCAUCAGUCCUCCAGGCUGCUGUGUAAGGUGACAACCACCCCAGUUUGCCCAGGACCGGUUCUGGCACUGAAAGUCCAUUUCCCAGGAAACCCCUCAGUCCUGCCCAAAUGGGGACAGUUGGUCACCCAUUUCUGCGAGUGGCUCUGAAAGUUUGUUCUCACCCACUUGUGGUAGGUCGGGGGCAGCCUUGAACAUGCCAUCCGGUGCUCACGGGGUUGGCUGAGGGCCGCUCAGGGGAUCGCCCGAGGAUGAAUGGUUUUGAGCGUUAUGGAGAAGCUGCUUCCAAUCGGCUGCCUUCUAAAGCAGGGAUAAGAGCAUCCCCCCUGGGGCACAUCCCUGGGGAAUCCACACACACACAUUCUAACCGGACCUCUAGUCACUUGGAGAGGCAGGCAGAUCCCACCCACCCGUCGCUAGGACCAGGAGGCCAGGCGCCCUCCGCCACAGCCUCGCAGCUUUCCAAGGGAAGCAGCGACCGCUGGCUCCAGCUCUCCACCCCCAGAGACCGCUCCUUCUGAACUUUUGC